AUGCCAUCCAUUCCAUGCACUGGACCAAUAGGGGCACUACCCAUGCACUUCAGCAGCUGUGCACUCUCUUCUCUGUGUCUCAGCUCGCCUCGGUCGGCAUGCAGCAGCUGCUUCCGGCCUCAAGGGCCCCCAUUCAUCACAGGGCUUGCCGUACCAUUCCUCCGUUCCGGUGCGCGCAGCAGUAGCUCCCUUGCCAGCGUCUUGGGGGGGCCUUUACCUGGCUGGGCUCUCCCUGUACUCGCUGCAACCUAUGGCAUUGUCGCUCAGCAUAGGUGGGGAAAGCAGCAGCAGCUUUUUGUGGACUCUGGCGCCUGUGCUGCUGCCACAGACAUGCUUGGCUGUGGCUCGGGGGGCACAGACAGCCAGAACGAGACUCCUCUAAGAAGUAAAAUCCAUGAGUCCAAAGGCGUCUCGACAGAGUACGUCCUUAUCUCAAACCCUGGGAGCUGCUUCGACGUUGAGCGAGUGGGAGGGGGUGACACAUUGCUCUUCUUCCAUGGGGGCCUCUGUGGAAGCGACCAGCUGCUGGCCUCUGGCCUCCAGUUUUCUCCAAAUAUCCAGCAUUUGCUACUGCCCAACCGGCAGGGAUACCUAAGAUCGGGUGUACCUCCACUUUGGGAGGAGAGGGAUCUACAGGCGCCCUUUAAACGCAUCAGGAGGGGCCGCCCUGGCGGAGGACAUAAAGAAACAGGCUCUUCUAGCAGGGCAACAGAAUGGGUGCGGCUCCGCAGACACCGUCUGUGGCACCAAGCAGCGCUAUUCAAUGACCUAGUCCGUUCCGUGUUGUACCAGCAGCAGCCAACAACACCGUUGAUAGCCGAUGCGAAGGAUCCGGAGAGGGAGGGUCGCCUCCAUGUGCUGGGCGUUGGCAUCGGAUGCGCUCAUGCCCUGGCGUACUGCCAUUUCUUCCCCCAGCGCGUGCGGAGCAUCGCCCUCGCCUCACCGGUGAUGGAGUUGAAGGACGGCCUCGAAGAAGGCCCCCUAGAGGCUCAUGUCGUUGGACGGAUACGGGCGUACCGACAGCUGCUCGAGCGGCUGCCUUUUGGUUCCUUUCGGCUCCGAGUGCCUCCCCCGAAGAUCUCCUGUCUCGAAUGGGCAGCCACUCUCGUGGCCAGACGCGCACCAAGAACUGCCUUGUCAGUGCUGCUGCAUGCGUUGAGCCUAAGGAGACCCUUAUCCGAGCAAGACGCAGAGCAGCUGCUUUGCGCGCUGCAACAGUACCCCUCGCUUGUCGACCGGCUGCAGCAAGAGAGCUUCGGGGGCCAAGGUGUCCCAGCGAGCCGAAGGGCCGCUUCCUCUUGGCGCAUGCAGCAGCAAGAGGCAUGGGAGGCGCAGCAGCAGCUGUACAAACAGCUGUUGCUGCGGGUGCAGCAUGCGACUGGCACUUGCUGCGUGCCGCAGCGGUUACCAGGGUUCAUUGAAGACGCUCUACUGCUGUCUCCCUGGGAGGAGGCAGCAGAACCAGGCACCACUGGUGCAGGGUGGUUAUCGGAGUGCCUCGAGGGUUUGCAGGUACCAGGGCUGGUGGUUUAUGCGGGGCAGCCCCCAGGGGGCCCUCACGUGGGCGUUCUGUCAGAUUCUGGGGCCUCCUGGCCUCGGCUGGAGGCGGUGAAUCUGCCGGAUGCGCAGCCACAAACUCUGCUUCUCACCCACGCGGAACAGCUCAGCAGACUUCUGCAGGGGCUGCAUGCACGCAGUGUCUGUGCAGCAGCAGCCCCGCCAGUGGACUGA